GGAAAUCUGUGUAUCUAACGGUUGGGUUUAUAACGCCACUUGCACCAGAGCUCUCAACUCACAGGUUCGGUGGAGAAUCUGGAAAAGUAACUCUGACAUUAUUUCCAGAAAGUGUACCCGCGGGAUGGCAGAAGAAGGCCAUCACCACCUCCUGCUGCUACUGCUGCUGCUGGGAUGUGUGUGUGUCGGCCAAGCGUAUAUCACAGUGACUACGAACCUAGGUACAACGAGCGUCAGACGCAGCAACUACCAAACGACGCAGAAAUUAUUCGAGAUCACAGUAGACACCAACGCCUCAAGUUUUCUGUGUGAAGGUUCCUCUGGUUUAUUCAACACCAAGAGGCUCGACCCCGACACCAACUUCUGGAUAUACUUCGAUCCCUCGAAUACUCCCGCGGAGUUAACAGGAGACGAAUACACCGUCAACGGCAACUGCUCCACCGCUGAACCAAACUACGACUCCUUCUCCAUCAAGGUGAACGUCAUCAACAACGAGGCCCCAGUGGUAACCAAUGGACCACUAGUGACUAUAUCGGUACAAGUUACUACAACCAUUGGUCAGAUUAUCGGGACUGUGGUGGCCACGGACAACGACGGCGAUCUGCUGACCUUUAAUGUCCCUACGCAACCGGUCGGGUUCAAUAUGGAUAAUGGUGGACUAAUCAGUACCACUAAAAACAUGGCGGAACUGGACUCAAUAUCAACGUUGAUUUCUGCAUCUGUCAGCGACGCAACUCACACCACAAACUUCCAAGUCAGGAUUAGGCUAGAUAAGUUGAACACGAAGCCGGUGGACAACACGAUCCCCGCCACGAGGGACGUGCAGGAAGAUGCCGUGAGCGGCGUCAUCCACACCUUCAACGUCCCGGACACUACCUUGUUCAACGCUCUCAUCACCACCCUCACCGUCUCCCCUUCCUCCGGCGACGGAAAGUUCAAGAUUGAAAGCAACCAGAUUCAGGUCGUUGGGCCAUUUGACUUCAAUGCCGUCCCCACCUACACCCUGACGGUCCGCCUCAACGACGGCUUUAAGAGCAACAGCUACAACAUCAACGUCAAUAUCAUCGACGCCAACGACCCCCCAGCAUGUACCAGAACAAGCUACAUCGUUUCUGCCAACGAAAACACGAUGUCCCCAAUACCUAUCAGUGGGUUUGGCAUCACAGACGCUAGCGGACAGACCCACACCCUCGCCCUCUCAAACAACUACUUCAGCGUAUCUCAGAAUUCAGGUUCGACUGAAAUAAGGCCAAACGUCGCCCUUGACUGCGAAUCAAAUACGCCCAUUCCAAACCCCGUGACCAUCAAUAUCACCGUCACGGACAACUUCGGUGCCUCUGGCACAUGUGCAGUCACUAUUCAGUGCAACGACACGAACGACAACAGCCCCGAGUUUGUAACAUCCACGUACAGCUUCCUGGUGGCGACCGACAUGGCAAUCGGGACGUCUAUCGGCAAGGUCAGUGCUACUGACAAGGACGUUACCACCACGACUAACGGUAAGGUGGUCUACAGUCUGCAGCUGUCAAACCCAGUAGAAAUUGUAAAGGUGCUUCCGAACGGGGACGUUUUGAUCAACAAAGACAUCUCCGGCAUGUACAGCAACUCCGUGUCCGGGGAGAUACUGGCCACAGAUCAAGGGGCUGGAGCUAACCAGGGCACUGCGACGUUCUUGUUCAAAUGGAACGAGGCUCCUGAUAUCAGUAAUCUCCCGGACUCGGGUAGUCUAUCGGAAGACACGACUGGGGAGUCGCUCAUCUUGGAACUCACCACAACUGACCCGGAAACAGACGCCGUCACGUGUCGCUCAGGCACUAUCAGCCUGCCCGGGGCUCCUUUCACAGUGAAGCUCGUCUCUGGCAAAUUUGGUAUUUACUACACUGGAAAUGCGCCGCUUAGUUCACUUCCGGUAAAAAACAUUCAGAUCGGGGUUAUUUGCGAAGAUGGAAAAGGUGGCUCCAUUGAAAAGAACUAUGACCUUCAACUCAAUCCCAACGAAAGACCACAAGCAUCAUGCUCACCGACUGCGACGACGCAAAUUAGCGCCAAAUCCAUCAAAACGAACGACAUCGUAUACACCAUUCCCGUAACGGACAAGGAGAACAAUCCUAUAUCUGUUAUAUCCGUGUGUGAUCCGGAAUUGGGACUGUUCGUUUAUGACUCUGCCACUGUGGCGUUGAAGGCGACGACAUCAUUUCAUGGUGUGACCAAAUCCAGCAUCACCUGCACACUGCGCAUCAGCGACGGCAAACACCCGCCAAUGGAUGAUGUCACCUGCUUUGUCACUAUCACCAUCACAGACCUGAACCAAGCCCCGACAAUAGACAACGACAAGCAGGUGGUGAGGCACAGCGAGCUGACCAAGCCAGGCCUCGAACUCUUUAAGUUCGACAUCACCGACGACGACAAGGUCGAAAUUUCCUACGAAGUAAACCCUGUCGCAUACGCUUCAUAUUUCACAGUCAACUCUACUUCUGGAUCCGUAACAUUAUUGAAGGACCUGGAUUUUGAGACACUGCCAAAAACAUACAUCAUCACCAUCGUCGCUGACGACAGCGUCCUCAAAGCAACGGGGACGGUAACAAUCGAGGUCACAGACGACAACGAUCCCCCGGUUUUUGAUAAGAAUAAGUACAUUGUGUCUCUCAAAGAAGGGGAGGCCCUGGCAUCCAGCGUCGACUUAGGUUUAAAGGUGACAGACACAGACACGGGGGACACGCACUCCUUCCGCGUCCUUGCUCCUUACAGCAGCACCUUCACCAUCGAUGGAACUACACUCAAGAACCUGGUGCCGAUUGACCUGGACGCGGCCGGUUCCCAAACAACUUACGAUAUAGUGGUUGAGGCUGAUGAUAAGAAUGGGGGUCUUGCGACAACCAACGUGAGCAUCAUUCUUCAACAAAUCAACGACAACACCCCCUACUUUGACGCCAACCCUUUUAGCAACUGCGUUAUCGGACUGGCGUUACCAAUUUCGACUGAAAUAUGCUCUGGCACUGCUAAAGACGAUGAUGACGACCUCCAGGACAAGACGUUGACAUACUCUAUUGGCGCCUCAAGCCAUCCUGGAGUGUUCAAGAUGGUCGGGAACGGCAUCUUCCUGCAGGAGGCCCUGCAGCAAUCCUACUACGGGCAGCUGAUGAGUGUAGAGGUCAUCGCCACAGAUGCCGGAACCGACCCCGGGACUCUCGCCGGCUCAGUCAAUGUCGCCUUCGAAUGGAACAAGGCGCCCACCUGUACAGCUCCCACGGGACUCCAGCUACCGGAGGACGCCACAUCUAAGGACAUCCCAGGGUCGGACAUCACAGCAACAGACCCUGAGCCGGCCGACACCGUCACCAUCGCCAUGGCGUGCUCACCAGGCACCACCGAGUUCGCUGUACAAAACAAGAAGGUCCACUAUUCCGGGUCCCCCACCCUGUCCUUCAAGAACACCCCCUCCUACACGUGUGUUCUGACAUGCACCGAUGGAAAUGGAGGAAAGGACGAGAGGAAUUUCACAAUCACAAUCACUAAGAACAAACCGCCUAAUCCAUCUUGUAGUGCAAUGACCAAGCCGAUAGCAGAUGCGAAAGCGGUGAGCAAAGGCGACCACAUUUUGACGUUCCCUAGCGACGACCCCGAGAAAGACGACAUCACCUACUCCAUUCUGAUGAGUCCCGCGUCCUCACUGUUCCAGGUCAAUCCAGACACCGGGGAACUGACGGCUAGUGCAGAUCUGAAAAACCAGAAGGCUGAUUUCGUAGAGAUCACGGCAACACUGAGUGACCCUUUUGAGAAUACGGCCGUGUGCAAAGUUUCCAUCACCAUAAACAAUGUUAACAAGAAGCCAGUGCUGACCCAGACGAAUACCAAAGUGUUCGCCAAAGAGGACGCAGCGCCCGGAGUCGAGAUAUUCAAACUGACCAUCACUGACGAAGACACCCACGCGACUGGCUAUUCGACCACGAUCAAAACCCUCCCUGAAGAGGCGGCCGCCAACUUUGAGGCUGUGGUGACCGACAAGGUUGUCUCAAUCAAACUACGUGCUGGCAGAGAGCUGGACUACGAGACGUUAAACAAGUACACAUUUUUUGUCAGCGUCAAUGACGGCUGUUGGACGUCUGACGACAUCGUCACAUACUUGGACAUCGAUGAUGUCAAUGAGGCUCCGGGCAUUGUCAACGGGUUGAAAUAUUCGGCUGAGUUUAAAGAGGACCAAGUGAACCAGUGUGUCAAAUUAGGCUGCGGUGGUUUCGACCCAGACUUCGGCGACGUUGAAAAGUGGAAGUGGACGAUCACUGAUCCGGCCAAGUACAAGGACUCGUUCACCAUCAGUGGCGCCGACUGUACUCUGUGUCUCAGGGCAGCGAUCGAGCUGGACCCUGAACUGAGAGACAAGAAGGCAGACAAGGAACUGAUUGAUCUGAAGGUCGAGUUCGUAGAUAAGGGCGACCUUCCCACAGAAAAGGUCAAGUUUGACGUCGCCGUGACAGUGUUGGAGGUGAACGACAACGACCCCAUAUUCGAGAUGCCAAGUUACUUUGGCCAAGUGUUUAACACAGAUUUAGAAGGGAAGGAGAUCAUCGCCAUGGUAGCUGACGACCUGGACGCGCUCACGAACGGGAUGUUCACAUGUAGAGCCAAGCAGUGCGAUGCCGCCCUGGACGGAUAUAUCACCGUUGGUGCCGACUGCAAGGUCCGACUGUCCAGCUCAAUGGCUACUGGGUUUGUUGGAGGGCAGAACUUCAAGUGUGACGUUGAAGUCAUUGACAAUGGGAAUCCUCAAAGGAAGAGUGAAACUAAGCUGGACCUGCAAUACGUACUUGUAACCACCCUGCCACCACCACCAACCGAGACACCAGAUCCUAAUGCAAAUGCAAAUGCUAACGCAAAUGCCAAUGCUAACGCUAACGGUAACGCUAAUGCAAAUGGCAACAUAGCAGGUGGGGCCAAUGGAGCCCUCAACUUAUUGUCCAACUCGGCAAAUUCCGGUUCAGGCUCCAAUGGCUUCUCCUCGCUGAGCCCGGGAGCCAUGGCGGGAUUGAUCUGUGGAGCCGUGGCUAUAGGUGGCGCUCUGACGGCGGCGGCCGUUGUAGGCGGGAUCCAGGCCAAGAAGCGAUGUGCGGCCAGGAACCGGAACAAGCCGAACACACGGAGAUACAAUGUCAACUCGCGUGAGUCAACGAUCAAGAAUAACCGUGUCAGCACAACCUCCAGUGUCAAACUCAACAUGCUGAAUGAUCCCGGUGUUGGGAAAACACAGAUCACGCCUGUCUACUACCGCUAGCCACACGUUACUGUCACCGUUACACACGGAUGUCCAUGUGUUGUCAACAGUCUGUAGAACUAUAUAGUCAUCCCCAUGUUACUCUAUGUAAAUGCAGUAAGUGCAGUUGUCUAUAACAAUUAAUAAUCCCAUUUUAGGAUGGAGUAAUCAUCCUUGCAUUCCGUACGAUCCUUUGUAUUCUCCACAAUUAUCAAGGUAGUUUCAAAACUGGUAAUUAGUUACUUGUAUCAUGCAUCUGUAUGGCAUGUCUUCCCUGAUGCUAUAUACCCACGGAAACCCCUUCAACGUGCCUAUCCUCGUGUAAAGGUGAUGGAAUAGAGUUUCCAUAUUUAUAAAUCGGGAUGUUUUCAGAAAUAAGUUCCAUGGGACGUGUUGAAUAUAUUCUCUUGUGUUAUGUGCACUGAAGCCAUUGAAUAUCAUCCAGGCCCUGUCUAGGAAGUAUAUCAACCAGGCCCUGUCUAGCAAAUAUCAUUCAGGCCCUGUCUUCGACGUAUAUCAUGAACACUGUCUAGGAAGUAUAUCAUCCAGGCUCUGUCUUCGACGUAUAUCAUCCAGACUGUCUAGAAAGUAUAUCAUCCAGACUGAAAGUAUAUCAUCCAGGCUCUGUCUAGGAAGUACAUCAUCCAGGGUCUGUCUAGCAAAUAUCAUUCAGGCCCUGUCUUCGACGUAUGUCAUGAAAACUGUCUAGGAAGUAUAUCAUCCAGACUGUCUAGGAAGUACAUCAUCCAGGCUCUGUCUUCGACGUAUAUCAUGAAGACUGUCUAGGAAGUAUAUCAUCCAGACUGUCUAGGACGUAUAUCACCAGGCUCUGCCCAGGACGCAUAUCAUCCAGGCUCUGGCCUAGGAAGUAUAUCAUCCAGGCUCUGUCUAGGAAGUAUAUCAUCCAGACUGUCUAGCAAAUAUCAUCCAGGCUCUGUUUUCGACGUAUAUCAUGAAGACUGUCUAGGAAGUAUAUCAUCCAGAUUGUCUAGGAAGUAUAUCAUCCAGGCUCUGUCUUCGACGUAUAUCAUGAAGACUGUCUAGGAAGUAUAUCAUCCAGACUGUCUAGGACGUAUAUCAUCCAGGCUCUGCCCAGGACGCAUAUCAUCCAGGCUCUGGCCUAGGAAGUAUAUCAUCCAGGCUCUGUCUAGGAAGUAUAUCAUCCAGACUGUCUAGCAAAUAUCAUCCAGGCUCUGUUUUCGACGUAUAUCAUGAAGACUGUCUAGGAAGUAUAUCAUCCAGACUGUCUAGGAAGUAUAUCAUCCAGGCUCUGUCUUCGACGUAUAUCAUUAAGACUGUCUAGGAAGUAUAUCAUCCAGACUGUCUAGGACGUAUAUCAUCCAGGCUCUGUCCAGGACGCAUAUCAUCCAGGCUCUGGCCUAGGAAGUAUAUCAUCCAGGCUGUCUAGGAAGUAUAUCAUCUAGGCUCUGUCUUCGACGCAUAUCAUCCAGGCUCUGGCCUAGGGUGUAUAUCAUCAAGGCUCUGUCUUCGACGCAUAUCAUCCAGGCUCUGGCCUAGGAAGUAUAUCAUCCAGGCUCUGUCUUCGACGUAUAUCAUCCAGACUGUCUAGACAGUAUAUCAUCCAGACAGGCAUGGUGGCGAUAGGCAGGUAGAGACACACGUCCUUGGAGGUAUGGUGGCGAUAGGCAGGUAGAGACACACGUCCUUGGAGGUAUGGUGGCGAUAGGCAGGUAGAGACACACGUCCUUGGAGGUAUGGUGGCGAUAGGCAGGUAGAGACACACGUCCUUGGAGGUAUGGUGGCGAUAGGCAGGUAGAGACACACGUCCUUGGAGGUAUGGUGGCGAUAGGCAGGUAGAGACACACGUCCUUGGAGGUAUGGUGGCGAUAGGCAGGUAGAGAUGAGGGGUGUUUCAAUAGGUUGCGGUCGAAGCAAGACGAUGAAGGGAGUGCGAAGAUAUUCGUUUGGUUUGAUGAAUGUUUUCUAUUAUGUUCUGUUAAUUACUGUGCUUUCACGUUGGCUUAAUGAAGUGAAUGCUCCAUUUAGUCAUUGAAUGUUAAACCUUCACACACAAUUUGGUUUAAAGAAAUGCAUGCACUUCGCAACCCUUUUGAAAUAGUAUCGAACUUUUAAAAUAUAGCACUGUAUGUAUACAGAUACAUGAUUCAAUUUAUUAUUAUGUAUCAUAUGAGAGUGUUAGCUACUUCUGAAAUGUGCCAAAUGUGUAGAUGACUGUGAUAUCUGUAUUUAUGUAUUUAUGUUGUAUUUUACUUUCUGUUUAAAUAAAUGCAUGGCAAUUAG